AUGUCGGAGCUCAACCUACAACCUUCUCGUCAAGAUCAUGGCUCUAAUCCCAUCUCUAGUGGCCACAACAGAAAGGCCUUAAUUUUAGUACAAGGUGGGCCUGUGGAAAGGGAAUGGUCAUUCCCAGCGUUAUCCCAUUCACUCAAGAUUGACCCACGCCUUCCUCGACCUAUGGGUCGAUGCCGAUACAAAGUGGCAAUAUGGAAGAAAUUUGUGGUACCGGAUGUACCGAACGAUGCACAUAGUGGGACUUGCUUCAUCGCCCACUCAGAAAAAUGUGUGCGAUACAAUCCUCGAUGUGGACCGAAGGCUUGCUGUGGAGAAUCUGUUAACGAACCUGACAACAAGGAGGGGUUUUGUCUUGGGGAGAAUUGCCCGGGGCUUGAAAUGCUUGUGGAUGGGCAAAAGCCCGAGAUCCCGGAUGUCGACUUCGUUAUGGAGUAUUAUUAUGGACAUGACAUUGACCAGUUAGAAACCGAGAGAAAAUGGCUGAGGAUAGUGAGGCUCCAGGAAAAAUACGGGAAGACCCCAUUUCCUGCAUGGAAGAAUGCGGAUGGGGAGAAUAAUCCGUCUUUUGCGGAAGGAACAAGAGAACUUCAGGGAGUGGUGGAUCCAGAGGAGAUGCCACACACGAGGCAGGUUAUGAGCCAUUAUCCGGUCUAA